GGUGAACUUUCUCAUAUUAGUCAUACCUGGACAGGUUGGCUGCGAGGUAGAUCUGGUAGAACUCAAAAAGUUCAACCAUACAUCCUGGCCAACAGCCUAGAACACUUACUGGCACAACCCAGGAAUCACUCAUAUUAAAGAGAAGAUCAUGGGGGAAUCCGUGGAAGCAGCUUCGGUUGCUAAGCCGGCCACCAUAGAGGGGAGAAAUAUCAUCAUACUCUAUGGGUCUGAAACGGGAAAUGGAGAGGAAAUCGCCAUGGAGCUGGCCAAAAUGGCUGAAAGAUUACACUUCAAUACUGUUGUUGAUGAGAUGGAUGCCUUCAAGUUGACGGACUUGUUGCGCUACUCUUUGGCCAUCUUUGUCACCUCCACUACCGGUCAAGGUGAUAUGCCAAAGAACACAACCACGUUCUGGAAAAACCUUAGACGCACAAAGCUCAACAAUACCAACUGCCUUGCACCUGUAAAGUUCACCAUCUUUGGACUUGGUGAUAGCUCCUAUCCAAAGUUCAACUGGGCAGCGCGGAAGCUUCGUGUGCGGCUAUUGCAACUUGGGGCUUCCGAAUUCUUCAGACCUGGCGAGGCUGACGAGAGACAUGAAAAUGGACUCGACAGCAUCUAUCUACCCUGGUACCAGGAGUUGAGAGAGUCACUGUUAUCACAGUUCCCUCUUCCAGAAGGCAUGGAGCCCAUACCAGACGACGUUCAACUUCCACCAAAGUACAACAUCCGACUGGGCUCGGUCAAGGACAAAAUAACGAACGGCGAAGGCCAUCUCUCGCCAGCCGAGGACGGUGAGAAGCUAGCGGCAAAAUUUGAGCGGAUGAGCACCGACUCUCAGGAAAAUGAGGCUCCGGGCCAGAAGGAUGGAACUGGAGUUCCAGAUUUCCCACCAGCCAAAUUGUUGCCAAUACCCGGCUCUUUCACAGCGGAAGUUGUUUGCAACAAGAGGGUGACUCCAGAGGACCACUGGCAAGACGUCCGACACAUUGAACUCAAAGUUCGCGCUCCAGGACGCAAUGGAGCCGUAUCCUUUGCAGGCCAAACACUCCUAAUUUACCCCAAGAACUACCCCGAGGAUGUACAAAAGCUUAUCGACUUGAUGGGAUGGGGUGAGGUUGCCGAGCAGAGGAUUGAGAUUGACUGGGCAAAGAACACUCGGCCAAGAGACUAUCAUUUCCCACAGGGAGCAACAGUUCGCGACGUCCUGACGCACAACUUCGACAUCACCGCCGUCCCCAAACGGACAUUCCUCGAGUUCAUGGCCUACCACACCACCAACCCUCUCGAGAAGGAACGUCUCCAAGAGCUCACACAACGAGGUGACAGUGACGAGUUCUACGAUUACACCUCUCGCCCGCGCCGAACCAUCCUGGAGGUCCUUGAGGAUUUCCCCGGCGUCAAGAUCCCCUACACCCGACUCCUCGAGUUCCCCAUCAUCCGCGCCCGCGAAUUCAGCCUCUGCAACGGAGGCGAUCCCACAGUCAAGGAGGACCAAGUCAUCUCCAACUCCAACGAACAAGGCCGAGACAACGUCUACAAGUUCGAAAUCCUCGCCGCCCUUGUCCACUACCGCACCAUCAUCCGCAAACCCCGCCAAGGUCUCUGCUCGCGCUACCUCCGCCACCUGCCCGUCGGCACCACCAUCCAAAUCGGCAUCAAGCCGCCCAGCAGUCCCUUUGCCAUGGACGACCUGUCCUUCUACUCGCGACCGCUCAUCGGCGUCGCGACGGGAACGGGCAUUGCUCCGUUCCGCGCUUUGCUUCAGGACCGUUGUUGUCUUGUCCAGAACAAGGAGAAGAUGAUGGGCCCAACCCUCCUCUUCUUCGGCUGCCGCAACGCUGCCGCCGAUUACCACUUCCAGGCCGAAUGGCGCCCCGUACCCAACCUGGUCGUCCACCCCGCAUUCUCCCGGGACAACACCUCCGACACCUCCUCUUCCUCUACCGAAGAAGAAGAAGAAACCAAACUCGCGGCCCUCCAGCGAGCAGCAGGCAUCUACGACGCAGGCAAGAACUACGUGCAACACCAAAUCCGGCAGCAUGCUGCGGAGGUGGGCAAGUUGUUGAGGGAGAAUCCCAUCAUUGUCGUUUGCGGAAAUAGUGGACGGAUGCCCAAGAGCGUGAGGGAGGCGCUGGAGGAUGCGGCGGUUGUGAGUGGGGUUGUGAGUGACAAGGAGGAGGCGAAGGGGUGGUUUGAUAGGAGGGAGAAUUGUGUUUAUUGGCAGGAGACUUGGUAGUAGGUUGGGGGACUGAGGGGCUGUUGAGUGUUUGGUGGUUGGCUGGUUGGUUGGUGAGGUUUGGUAUGGGAUCGUUGGCAUGGGGAGGUGAGCGAGGAAUGGGAUGGGAACCGAAAGUGGAGGAGGAUGAAGAGGAAAGGACGAAAGCAAAGGAAAAGGCGGAGAAACGAAAGCAGAUGAGAAGAGGAAGUAUGAGGCGAAGAGGGGCUUGUUAAAAGGGGUGAUUGAAUUGAUUUAGAGUUAUGUACAUACAAACGCUGGACACAGGUACCUAGGUAGAAAACGAAGCCUGGUUUUCCC